CAACAGGACCCUUCCAACCCACUCAUUCACACUAAACUACUGUCUAAAAGUCAUUCAAUUUGACUAUUACAAAACUUAUUGUAUUGUUACAUCAUCUGAUAAGGUUAUCAUAACAAUGUCAAUGUUGGAUCUCCGUCAGUUUCUGAUUCCUGCAUUCUUUCUAGACCCCACCAACCAACUUGCUGCUCAGAGUUCUUCCGGUGGCGCGAAGAUAAACUUAAACAGCUCUUUUCGCAUUUCUGAUCUGCUUGAUCCAACUUCACACUCAACCAACGAACCAGAUCCAUCUCCUACCUCCAUUAAUUCCUCGGAAUCGCCAUCAUCCCCUAGAAUUGGGAGCCCGAAUACCGAAAGAUCUGUGAACGAGAGUCCGACAUGCGUGGGAUCAAAAAAGGCUCGGAAGGCGAGAACUAUCUUCACCGACAAACAACUUCAAGAGCUAGAAAACACCUUUGAGAAGCAGAAGUACUUGUCUGUUCAAGAUAGGAUGGAGCUGGCUCAUCGAAUGGGGCUAACAGAUACUCAAGUAAAGACAUGGUAUCAAAAUAGAAGAACCAAAUGGAAACGACAAGCCUCUGUUGGUAUGGAUCUUCUUCACGAUGCUGGAAAUAUGGCCGCCGUUCAACAACUUCUAAGAACAAAUCCAUAUUGGGCAAACUACUUAUCACAGAACACUUCAAUGUUUGGAGCUUCUAAUAAUCGCCCUGUAUUCAAUUCAUUAGUCGUCCCAACUUCUUCAAUGAUUCCUGCUAGCAACUCUCAAAAUUCUCUACUGCAAUUUCUAGCAUCGCAAAACGUAAAAGAUGAUAUCAGUUCCCCAAAAGAAUCACCAUCAGUAUCUCCUGAUUCUGUAAAAAAUGCAUCUGUUUCUAAAAAAGAAUCAGAUGAGGAUGAAUAAUACCUUUCCACCUUGAAGAUUGUUUUUUUUUCGCUUAGAGUAUUUAUCCGGUUUUCAUCACGCAAAAUGUCAAAUUCUCAAUUUCUAUUGUUUUUCUCUUCUAUUUUUCCUGCUGAGCCACUUUAAUUUUGCCCUCAUUCUCAAAAUCCGAUCUCUUAAUUUCUUCUGUAAUGUUUCACUUUCAAUGUCUUGGUUAUUAUAAAAUAAUAAAAUGCAAUACAGUCAA